AUGGAAGACGGUAUUCAACCAUUAGAAGCAAUGCUCUAUACGAUCGAGCGAAUCAAUAAGAAUCCAGAAAUACUUCCUGGUAUACAACUUGGCGCGCUGGCAUUCGAUACCUGUGACAAUCCUACUUAUGCUCUAGAUCAUCUAUUCUAUUUCAUUAAGGGUUUGAUAGUGCGCAGCGAUCGAUUCGGAUCCAUAAAUUAUCGAUGCGAAGACCAAAGUGUGCCAAAAUUUUUAAAUAGUGAUUUCGAUCACGUGGUCGCAGUACUAGGAGCUGAAUCAAGUUCGGUUACCAUUCAAGUCGCAUCAGUGCUAGGUUUGUUUCCGAUACCGCAGAUUUCGUACAUGGCCACGUCGCCUUUUCUCAGCAACAAGGAGAAAUUUCCAACGUUUUUUCGCACAGUUCCUAAUGAUGUGAAUCAAGCGCGAGCAAUGCUCGAAGUUCUACGCCAAUUCCAAUGGUCGUAUGUAUCGGUCGUUUACACGGACUCGGAGUAUGGGAACCACGGAUAUGAGAUGUUGGUAUCAUUGGCAGCCGAAUAUUCGAUAUGCUUUAGCACACAACAUCGAAUUAGUAAAGAUCAUUUCAAGAAUGAUGACUAUGAUUUCGUGGUCCGUAAUAUUGUCGAAAAAACGGACGUUAAAGUGGUGGUGCUGUUCGCGGAAAAAGCAACAACAUUGCGAGUUCUGGAGGCAGCGAGGCGCGUUGAUGUUGGCUCUCGAUUCGUUUGGUUGUGCAGUGAUGCAUGGCCAGAUCACAACGAUAUAAAUUACCAGCAAACCAUCGUGUUGGAAGGUGCUCUCGCUGUUCAACCAUUCUAUGCGCCCUUAUCUGGCUUCGAUGAAUAUUUCAUGGGAUUGACUCUUGAUCAUGAACAAAAGAAUCCUUGGUUCCGCGAGUUUUGGCGAACAUAUCAUAAUUGCGUCUAUGUAGAAGAGACGAAAUAUUUUUCUUCUAAGAAGAGAAUCUAA